UGGAGAAGGCAGAUGCUGAGGUCGCCACACCUAAGCAACCAGCGCUCAGGACAUCAGAGAUCCCUGAAGAAACCAAAGCCCAGGAAGAAGACAGGGUGCCAAGGAGCCUUGUGCUCCAGGGUUCCCUGAGGGGCUGGUGGAGUUCUGUCACUUGGCAGCAAGUACAAAAUUGGAAAUGUUGGUGUCGCCAAAACCAAAGGGCCUUGUCCCUUUCACCAGAGAGUCUCUUGAUCUGAUAAAACAACGUAUGGCUAAGAAGCACCAUGACAACCAUGAGGAGGAAGAGUUAGAACCAAAUCCAGACUUGGAAGUUGGCAAAAAGCUUCCAUUUACUUAUGGAAAUCUUUCCCAAGGAAUGAUGUCAGUGCCUCUGGAAGAUGUGGACCCUUAUUACUAUGUAAAAAGAAAUACUUUCAUUGUAUUAAAUAAAAAGAGAACAAUCUUCAGAUUCAAUGCGUCUUCCAUCUUGUGCACACUUUCUCCUUUCAAUGUUAUCCGAGGAACCAGUGUUAAGGUCUUGGUACAUCCCUUUUUCCAGUUGUUAAUUUUGAUCAGUGUUCUCACUGAUGGUAUGAUUAUGACCCUGAGUAGCCCACCAAAAUGGGUUCUAACAAUAGAGAAUUCUUUGCUUGGAAUUUACACAUUUGAAGUACUUAUAAAAAUCAUUGCCAGGGGUGUUUGGGCAGGACCUUUUUCUUUCCUUGGAGAUCUAUGGAACUGGCUGGAUUUCAGUGUAACUUCAUUUGAACUUAUGACCAGGUAUUCAUUUCCAAACCACACUCCAUUGUUUAAAACUAUAAGAAGUUUGAGAAUUUUGAAAGUUAUUCCUUUAAACCAAGGUUUAAACUCUCUUGUAGGAACCUUGAUUCAUGGCUUGAAGAAACUUAUUGGUGCCAUUAGCCUAACUCUGCUUUUUCUAAGCAUAUUUUCUCUCUUUGGGAUGGGACUCUUCAUGGGUAACUUAAAGCACAAAUGUGUGCAUUGGCCCCAAGAAAAUGAAACUCAGCAUAACAGAACAGGAAACCCAUAUUAUAUUCGAGAAACUGAGCACUUUUACUAUAUGGAAGGAGACAGGUAUGCUCUCCUUUGUGGCAACAGAACAGAUGCUGGUCAGUGCCCUGAAGGAUAUGUGUGUGUGAAAGAAGGCAUAAAUCCUGAUCAUGGCUACACAAAUUUUGAUAAUUUUGGUUGGGCUUUCUUUGCACUAUUUCGAUUAAUGACCCAGGAUUAUCCUGAAGCACUUUAUCACCAGAUCCUUUAUGCUUCUGGGAAGGUCUACAUGAUGUUUUUUGUUGUGGUCAGUUUUUGGUUUGCCUUUUAUAUGGCAAGUUUAUUCUUGGGAAUACUUAUCAUGAUCUAUGAAAAAGAAAAGCAGAAAGAGGUUGAGAAAAUUAAAAUAUCUCAACUAACAUUUCAACAGACUGUUGAACUACAAGAAGAAAACGAUGCAUCUGAGAUUAUAUCAUGUGUUUUCUUGAUGAUGCUCAGAUUGCCAUUAGCUGGUUUAAACUCCUGUAGCUCUAGUAUUAAUGGAACCAGAGUGCUAAAUGAAAUGAGCAUAGUGAUUUCCUGGUAUCCACUUUGCUACUCCAGAUAUAUGAUGACAGACUUUGUCCACACAAACCAUAAAAAAUCCAAAAAGAGAUGCCCAUUGUAUUGUCAUAAAUUUGCUAAAAGUUUCUUGAUCUGGAAUUGCUCUCCUUGUUGGUUAAAAUUGAGAGAUUUUUUCCAUAAGAUAAUAAUGUCUCCUUUCAGUGAUCUUUUCCUUAUCGUAUGUAUCAUUUUAAACAUAUGUUUUUUGGCCUGGGAACAUUAUCCAAUGAGCGAGAGCACCUUCUCUCUUCUUAGCAUUGGAAACAUGGUUUUCCUUGGAAUUUUUACAGCAGAGAUGAUUUUUAAAAUAAUAGCCAUGCAUCCAUAUGAAUAUUUUCAAGCAGGAUGGAACAUUUUUGAUAGCAUAGUGGUAUUCCUUGGUGUCUCUGAACUUUAUCUAGCAAACAUUGAAGGAAUAGAUCUUCUGCGCUCAUUCAGGACGUUGCGAAUUUUCAAGUUGGGGAAAUAUUGGCCAACAUUUGAAAUUCUCAUGCUGAAUCUUAGUAAAUCCCUGACAGCCUUGAAAUACCUGGUCCUCCUGCUGCUUCUGUUUGUCUUCUUUUUUGCUGUAUUUGGCAUGAAGUUGUUUAGUUGGAGCUAUACAAAUUAUGUCUGCCUCAUAGACAUAGACUGUCACCUUCCACGCUGGCACAUGGCUGACUUCUUUCACUCCUACUUGAAUGUGUUCCGAAUUCUCUGUGGGGAGUGGAUAGAGACCUUGUGGGACUGCAUGGCAGUUUCAAGACCAUCCUGGUGCAUUCCUUUUUAUCUGAUGGUCAUUUUAAUUGGAAAUUUAUUGGUCCUAUACCUGUUUGUGGCAUUGGUGAGUUCAUUUAGCUCAUGUAAGGAUGUUACAACCAGAGAGAGCAAUGAAAUAAAAAACAUCCAGCAGGCAAUGGAAAAGAUGAAGAAAGGAAUGAGCAAUGUCCUUAGUAAAAUGUUAUGCAAAAAGCAAAAUGUUCCAAAGGAAACAAUAGACCGUGCGAGUGACACUUAUUUUAAAGAGAAUAUUUCUGACCACACACUUUCUGAACUGAGCUACACCCAAGAUUUCCUGAAAGAUAAGGACAAAAGCAACGGCACAGAGAAAACACCACUGACUGAAAAUGAGAGUCAGUCACUCAGGCCCAGCUUUAGUACCUCAGAAACUGUACCAAUUGCUUCAGGAGAAUCUGAUAUAGAAAACCUGGAUAACAAGGAGAUUCGGAGCAUGUCAGGCAACAGAGACAGCAAAGAGAAAAUAAAGCAAUCAAGCUCAUCAGAAUGCAGUACAGUUGAUAUUGCUAUCUCUGAAGAAGAAGAAAUCAUCUAUGGACAUGAAAAGCCAAGGCAUCUUAAAAGUGGUUAUAGACGGGGAUCCUCAAUUGGUCAGAUCAGUAAACAAUCUAGGAGAGGAAAGAUUUGGCAGAAUAUAAGGAAGACCUGCUGCAAGAUUGUAGAAAACAUUUGGUUUAAGGGUUUCAUUGGCCUUGUCACUCUGCUCAGCACUGGUGCUCUGGCUUUUGAGGAUAUCUAUAUUGAUCAGCGAAAGACUAUUAAAAUCUUAUUAGAAUAUGCUGACAUGAUCUUCACCUACAUCUUCAUUCUGGAAAUGCUUCUAAAAUGGAUAGCAUAUGGUUUUAAAGCAUAUUUCUCCAAUAGCUGGUACAAGCUGGAUUUCAUGGUUGUUCUUGUGUUUUGUCUCAGCUUAAUAGGCAAAACUCGGGAUGACCUAAAACCACUCACUUCCAUUAAGUUCCUUCGGGGCCUCAGAGUUCUGUCUCAAUUUGAAAGAAUGAAGGUAGUUGUCAGAGCAUUGAUAAAAACAACUUUACCCACCUUGAAUGUGUUUCUGGUCUGCCUUAUGAUCUGGCUGGUUUUCAGUGUGAUGGGAGUGAACUUAUUUGCCGGCACAUUCUAUGCCUGCUUUGACCCAACAAGUGGAGAAAAAUUUCCUAUAUUUGAGGUUAUGAACAGGAGUCAAUGUGAAAGCCUUGUCUUUAAUGAAACCAUGCCAUGGGAAAAUGCAAAACUGAAUUUUGAUAAUGUUGGAAAUGGCUUUCUGUCUCUAUUUCAAAUUGCAACAUUUAAUGGCUGGAUUGAUAUCAUGAAUUCAGCUGUUGACUCUACAAGUGUAAAUGUGCAACCUUUCUUUGAAAACAACCUCCAUUUGUAUUUAUACUUUCUCCAUUUCAUUAUCUUUGGAUUAUUUUUUCCCCUAAGUAUGCUGAUUGGUGCUAUUGUUUCUAAUUUUAACAAGCACAGAAUAAAGCAGGGAGGCACAAAUAUCUUCAUAACAGCCAAACAGAAGAAACAGUACCGUGCACUCAAGAGGCUGAUGUAUGAAGAUUCUGAAACCUCAGUUCCUCGCCCAAAAAACAAGUUCCAAGGCUGUAUUUUUGACUUUGUGACAAGUAGAGUCUUUAAAGUCAUCAGUAUGGUUCUGAUCUGUCUGCAAGCACUAACACUCAUGUUACAAAGUGAUGAACAGAGUCUACAAAUGGAUGUCUUUUUCACCUGGACUGACCUGGUUUUUGUGAUCCUAUAUAGUGUUGAGUGCAUACUGAAACUCAUCUCCUUCCAUUGUUACUAUUUCACCAUUGUGUGGAACAUUUUUGAUUUUGUGGUGGUUGUUUUCUCCAUGACAGGUUUACUGGUGCCUGUGACAAUAGGAUACUACCUUGUUCCUCCUUCCCUGGUGCAACUGAUCCUUCUCUCUCGGAUGGCCCACAUCCUGCGUCGUGGGAAAGGACCAAAGGUGUUCCAUGAUCUGAUGCUUCCUUUCGUGCUGUCUCUCCCAGCGUUGUUGAACAUCGGUCUUCUCAUCUUCCUGGUCAUGUUCAUCUAUGCCAUUUUUGGCAUGUAUAACUUUGCCUAUGUCAAAAAAGAAGCCGGAAUUAAUGAUGUGUCCAACUUUGAAACUUUUGGCAGCAGUAUGCUCUGUCUUUUUCAAGUUACCAUAUUGGCAGGCUGGGAUGGGAUGCUUCAGGCCAUUUUCAACAGUGAAUGGUCUGACUGUGAUCCUGACAAAAUUAAUCCUGGGACUCAAGUUAAAGGAGAUUGUGGAAACCCUUCUGUUGGCAUUUUCUAUUUUGUCAGUUAUAUCCUCAUAGCAUGGCUGAUCAUUGUGAAUAUGUAUAUUGUUGUGAUAAUGGAAUUUGUAACUAUCAUUUCUAAGAAAAAAGCCAGGACCUUGAGUGAAGAUGACUUUAGGAAAUUCUUUCAGGUAUGGAAGAGAUUUGAUCCUGAUAGGACCCAGUAUAUAGAUUCUAGCAAGCUUUCAGAUUUCGCAGCUGCUCUUGAUCCUCCUCUUUUCAUGGCAAAACCAAACAAGGGACAGCUUGUGGCUCUGGAUCUUCCCAUGGCUGUUGGAGACAGAAUUCAUUGCCUUGACAUCCUCCUUGCUCUUACAAAAAGAGUUAUGGGUAAAGAUGAGAGGAUGGAGAAAGUCCUUUCAGAGAUAGAGUCUGGGUUUAUGUCAGCCAACCCUUUUAAAAUUACAUAUGAACCUAUUACAACGACUCUGAAACGAAAACAAGAGGCAGUUUCAGCCACCAUCAUUCAGCGUGCCUAUAAAAGUUACCGCUUGCGGCAAGGUGACAAAAAUACAUCAGAUAUUCAAAUCGUUGAUGAUGACAGGGAUGCUCAAGCUGCCAAAGAAGAUGCCCAUACUGAAAAAGCAAAGGAAAAGUCAUGUAAUCAAAGUCAGACAUAAUCCCACUUCUGACUUUUUGCUUUCUUCAUUCAUCCUCCAAUGUAUAUACUUUGUUAAGAAACAAAAGCAAAAGUCAGAGAGAGAAGAAACAAUAAUCAGUGAUUUACAAUGUAUCAAUGUAAAGCUUGUAUUCACAAACCUCCAUUCCAAACUCUUUUUUUUUUAUAUUUUUCAUUUAGUCGAACUAAUCUUUAAGGAAAAAGAGAACAUUGUUCCAGUUAGUGAAAGCAUAUUAAAGUUGCCUUUUGCCUAGGUAGUGUUUGCUCUAGCUGACUUGGCUGGAGGGUGACUAUUCUGAUGGUAAAGUUGAGCAGCUAAAGAGCCUUCCUUCUUUAUGUCUAACUUAAAGGGCUUGAAGUCACCAUUACCAAGGAUUACAAAUAGAGGAGCACUUUCUUAUUGGUUUUAGGUUUUAAAGUUAUAGUACAACAAAAUAAACUCACAGUCCAACAAAGUUACAUCAGAGAAACAAGUACUGGGAGUUGGGGAGAUCCAGUAAAGCAGGGUAUACAAAUAAUGAGAGGAAGGGAGUGACAAUGCAGUCAUAAAAUUUAAUGCAUAUCUACAAAAUUAAGAAAAAUAAGGGAAGUAGGAGGGUUGGAGGGAUGGAAGAGAAUGACAAAGUGGGUGACAGGGAUCAAGAUUUGUUGUGUUCAUAAACUGCUUUAUUGAACAUUAACUCCUUUGUCUUUAUCUUUAAUCAUUAAA